AUGGCUGCUUCUCAGGAACUGUUGACUUUCACGGAUGUGGCCAUAGACUUCUCUCAGGAGGAGUGGGAGUGCCUGGACCCAGCUCAGCGAAAGUUGUACCUGGAUGUGAUGUGGGAGAACUACAGCAACCUGGCCUCCCUGGCUAUGUUAUCUGAAAAUGACAAGGCCUUUAUGCUAAAUCCUGGAAUACCAGAUUUAUUCUCUGAAAUCAUACUGAGUACACAUAAUGGAAAUAGCAACUAUCAAUGGAUUGAACAUUGGAAAAAGUUUAAGCAGAAGUCAUAUUUUAAUUAUCGGAUUAGUGAGCUUGCAGAGGACCAUUAUAACAGUGGAAAUGUCAUUGACCAAAUGUCCAAUCACAACAUACCUCAGGUUAUUCCUAUUGUGGAGAAGACAUACAAUGGAAGUAAAUGUGUCCAAUCUUUUCAGCAGUCUUCAAAUUACUCUGAACAGGAGAAUAUUCAUGUUGGGGAAGAGGCUUACAAAUGGAAUCCAUGUGGGAGAGUCUUCAGUCAAAUAUUCAAUCUAAAUAUAAUGGAAAAAGUCCAUAGUGGGGAAAAACCUUAUCAAUGUAAAGAUUCUAAUAAAACAUCUAAUUGGCCUUCAGGUUCUACUCUAAAUCAGAAAAUUCACACUGCAGAGAAGACUUACAAAUAUAAAGCAUGUAGCAAAGCCUUUAAAUGUCAUUCAUCUCUUACUGUACAUAAGGGAGGAAAUCAUACUAUAGCAAAAUUUUGCAAACUCGAAGAAAAUGGAACAGGCUUUAGUCAGUCCUCAAGACAUAAUCAACAUCAUAGAAAUCAUAUAGAAGAAAAGUCUUAUAAGUGUUCAGAGUGUGGCAAAGUCUUUAGCCGGCCUUCAGCAUUUAGAAUUCAUCUCAGAAUUCACACUGGAGAGAAACCUUAUAAAUAUAGAGAAUAUGACAAAUCCUUUAACAGCCAUGCGGUUCUUAGUAAUCAUCACAGUGUUCAUUCUGAAGAUAAGCCUUAUAAAUGUAGAGAAUGUGGUAAAGCAUUCCUCCACAUAUCAAACAUGAUUCGACAUCAGAAAGUUCAUACUGGAGAAAAACCUUACAAAUGUAAAGAAUGUGGCAAAGCCUUCAGUCAGUCCUUCUGCCUUAAUCGUCAUCAGAGUGUUCAUACUGGAGAGAAGCCUUACAAAUGUACAAAAUGUGGUAAAGCGUUCAGUGAGUCUGCAAGCCUUAAUCGACAUCAGAGAGUUCACACUGGAGAGAAGCUGUAUAAAUGUAGAGAGUGUGACCAAGCCUUUAGCUGGCCCUCAACCCUUAGUAGUCAUCAGAAAAUUCACACUGGAGAGAAACCUUAUAAAUGCAGAGAAUGUGGCAAAGCCUUCAGUCAGUCCUCCUCCCUUAAUCGUCAUCAGAGUGUUCAUACCGGAGAGAAGCCUUAUCAAUGUACAGAAUGUGGCAAAGCCUUCAGUGAGUCCGCAACCCUUAAUCGACAUCAGAGAGUUCACACUGGAGAGAAGCUGUAUAAAUGUGGAGAAUGUGACCAAGCCUUUAGCUGGCCCUCAACCCUUACUAAUCAUCAGAAAAUUCACACUGGAGAGAAACCUUUUACAUAUAGAGAAUAUGGCGAAUCCUUUAUUAGCCAUGCAGGUGUUACUAAUCAUCAAGGUGUUCAUACUGAAGAUAAACCUUAUAAAUGUAGAGAAUGUGGUAAAGCUUUCUUCCAUGCCUCGAACGUGAUUCGACAUCAGAAAGUUCAUACUGGAGAGAAACCUUACAAAUGUAGAGAAUGUGGCAAAGCCUUCAGUGAUUCCUCCUCCCUUAUUAGACAUCAUAGGGUUCACACUGGAGAGAAGCUGUAUAAAUGUAAAGAAUGUGGCAAAGCCUUUAGGCAGUCCUCAUCCCUUACUUAUCAUCGCAGAGUUCAUACUGGAGAGAGGCCUUACAAAUGUAGAGAGUGUGGCAAAGCCUUCUGGCAAUCCCAAACCCUUACUGAUCAUCAGAAAACUCACACUGGAGAGAAGCAUCAUGAAUGUAGAGAAUGUGGCAAAGUCUUUAGCCGGGCUUCAAUUCUUUCUUCACAUCAGAGAAUUCAUACUGGCGAGAAGCCUUAUAAAUGUAAAGAAUGUGGCAAAGCCUUUAGCUGGUCCUCAAAUCUCACCACGCAUCAGCGAGUUCACACUGGAGAGAAGCCUUAUAAAUGUGGAGAAUGUGGCAAAGCCUACAGGCACUCCUCGGCCCUGAUUUACCAUCAGAGAGUUCAUACCGGAGAGAAGCCUUAUAUGUGUGGGAAAUGUGGCAAAUCCUUUGGCAAUGGCUCAAAUCUCUCAGCACAUCAGAGAGUCCAUACUGGCGAGAAGUAUUACAAAUGUGAGGAGAGUUUUAAAUCCUUUACCAACAGUGAGAACUUACUAAACAUCACAGAAUUUUGA